AAAAUGUAUAGUAAAUAUGUAAAGUACAUUUUGUGGUUUUAUCAUUAGAUCACACCGAAUUGACGCAUUAUUCUUCAUCUGGUGCUCUGGUGCGGUCUCUUAUUUGAUGAAUUGUUAUUUUUAGAAACCGAAAGUAAAACAGUAGGAACACCGGGAGCACGCUUGGACUUCCACUGAAACGUGUCGCUUAUUUCUGAAUUUAUCUGAUUUCUCUUCGUCUCCGGAAUGCUGUCGAUUAUUAUCGUUUUACUGAAUCUCCUCAUAGAGACUUCAGUGUCGUUGACUGUGGUGGUUCCUCCUGAUCCUAUAGUGGCUCAUGUGGGAUCCACAGUGAUUCUUCCCUGCUGGAUCUCUCCUCCUGAGAACGCUGAAGCUCUGGAGAUCCGCUGGUACCGUCAGGAUCAGUUCAGCAAUCCUGUUCUCCUCUAUAAUCAAGGGAAGAUCCAGGACGUCCAGGAGGAAUCAUACAGGAACCGAAGCUCUCUGGCUCUGCGGUCAGAUCAGUCUGGUGGACUGAAGGACGGAGAUGUCUCUCUACGGCUGGAGAAACUCAGAGUACAAGAUGGAGGUUUAUUUCACUGUUAUGUGAGCGGAGAACAUUCAUAUGGGAGUGAAGAGAUGACUCUCAAAAUCACUGCUUUAGGAUCCGCUCCUGUCCUGUCUCCAAAGUCUCUAGAUGGUGGUCGUGUGAACAUCAGCUGCAGGUCCAGUGGCUGGUAUCCAGAGCCCAGCGUCUCCUGGACGUCAGAUGAAGGAAGGGUUCUCCGUCCUGGAGGAACAUCUCACACUCGUGGAGCAGAUGAGAUGAUCUCUGUCCACAGCUGGACGACCGUCUCUCUCUCAGACGCUCAACUGGUCUCAUGUUCAGUCUCUCUCAGACCUGGAGAAUUAAAAGAAGGAAGUCUGGACAUACAGGGCAUCGUGUCUUCAGGUCCAUCAGAUUCAUCAGGUCUAUGGAAGGCUCUUUUCCUCACGUUUCUCAUCUGUUCUCUUCUGGGUUUGUUUGGGCUGAUCCUCUACAGAUACAAACACAAACAAACAGACCGUGAGGAGGAAACUCUGGAGAGACUGCUUAAAGCAGUUGUGGAAGACAUGAAUAUAGAAGAACUGAGGCAGCAUGCAGUUGAGAUCACUAUUGACCGUGAGCGUUCACAUCCAGAUCUGAAGGUUUCUAAAGACUGUAAAAUCAUGAGAGAUAAUCCAGAAUAUAAACCCACUGGAGAGGGAUUUCCAUAUCAAUUAUGUGCUUACGGAGCCCAAGGAUUCACCUCUGGUCGUCACUAUUGGGAAGUACAGCUGAAACUAGAAAAUACACCUCCCAAAAACUUCUGGAUGAUUGGUGUGGUGAAAGAGGAAAACCUUCCUACAAGAGACAGUUCUGCUUUAACUGCAUCAGCUGGUUUCUGGUUCUUGUGUUCAGACGGUCCUUAUGGCUUUUGCACUAACACUGAUCCAUUGAUCAGAUUCUCUCUGACACCGAGACCUGAACGACUGGGAGUUCUGUUAGAUUAUGAUCACGGUCAGCUCUCAUUUUACAACGUCACAGAGAGAAAACAUCUCCUGACCAUCAGCUGCAGAUUCUCUGGAUCACUCGUUCCUCUCUUCAAUCCUGGUGUUGGUGAUAAGAGUCCACUUAAAAUCCUGGAUCUUCCAAAACCUGCAGAACCAGAUGAACCCAGUCAGCCUUUACUGAGUAACAUGGCAGCUGUAGAAUUAGAUGUAAAGGCCAGUGAUAAUCUGUAGAAUCAGCUGAACCCAGUCAGGCUUUACCCCUUUCUACACCAGAAGAGAGCAGCGCAGUGGAGAUCAGUAACAGCUCAGACGCCAGACUGACUAAUGCAGUUUAAUCAGAAGGACAUACGUGCAUAAAAAAUACCUGACGCAUGAAAACAUACAAACUACAAACAUCUGUUAAAAUGUACUGAUAUGGUUCAGACACAAUAAUUUUUAAGAUUAGGGUUGAUUCCCAGUGAUAAUUCAUCAAUAAUUAAAUCAAAAGUCAAUGAAUGACAUCUUCACAUGACAUCAUCCAAUCCCACAGUGUCACAUGACGACAUCAAAUCAGUGCUGUAGAUUUAAAUCCUCCCUUAUUUCGACCAUCAAUACUCCUAAUCUAACUAACACGGUCAGUCGAGGGGUUAACUGUUUAAUCAUCAGAUAUAACACAACACUCUACGUGACACAAACAAGGAAUGAAUGCAUGGAGGUGUGUGUGAACAUCUGCCUACAGUCACAUAAAGACCCCAGAGGAAAAUUAUG